AUGCUGAUUGUCAUACUCGCAGCAGCCUUGAUACAGCCUUCGCCCGCUUUUGUGCUGUCUGGAGACGCACAAGACCGAGCCUUCGAAGACAUGAGCAUGCUAGCACGCGCUGGGAAAUUGCUGACGGUUGCCGUCUCGGACGCUGCCAGUGCAAUCGGAGCGACGGACAGGAGAAGCGGCGCUUCGGAGAAACGCCCGCUGAUCAUUUCCGACAAAAAGGUGGCGAAGAAGGCGCACGGGCAUGGGGGCAUUCCAAGCUGGUUCAAGGGGGCGGCAGACGUGAAUGCGCACCCGGCCACCGUGCUUGAAGGCAACCGGCGCAUGCUGCGGCGGCAGAAGCAGCACCAUCACAGCGUGGAAGACGAGUGGCUCAAGGUGCACCGGCGGUAUGUGGAGGAAAUGGAGGCGGCUGAGUCAGCGGCCGGCCGCGGGUGGGACGUGCUGUUCUAUGGCGACAGCAUCAUGGAGGAGUGGAGGUGGGACCCCCCUCCUGAUGUCCCCCCUCAGCUGCAGCACCAAUGGGGCUCUUUCCUGGGAUCUGCCUGGGGGCCAUUCUCAGAUGUGAAGAAGGUGUGGGCGGAGUUCUUCGCUACCAAGCCCUACAGGUCCCUUCCGCUUGGCAUUGCAGGUGACAAGGUGGAGCAGCUGCUGUGGCGGCUGCAGAACGGCGAGCUGCCGGCGACUAAGCACCCCAAGGUCGUCACUGUCAUGAUUGGCACCAACGACCUGGUGGGCAACUGCACGCUGACUUCAGCGGCGGAGACGGCGGCGGGAAUUGUUGAGAUAAACUCGCUGCUGCAUGCGGAGCUGCCGACGACGCACAUUCUGAAUCUGGCAGUGCUGCCAAAGGGCGAGGUCUGGCCCAACCGCUGCUCUGAGGCCAUCCUGGCUGUCAACUCCGAGCUUGAGGAAUAUUCCCGGGCCAACCCCAGCUUUGCGCACUAUGCCGACUUUGGCAAAGGCUUCCUGUCUGAUGAGCCGGUGGGAGGUCGCUAUGAGGUCAAAGAGGCUCUGAUGCCCGACUCGCUGCAUCCAUCGGCCGUGGGAAUGCGCAUCAUUGCAUCGCAGCUGGAGCCGCUCAUUGCCUCAUUAGUAAGGCAGCCAAUAGGGGACGCCGCAGCAGACGCGGACUGGGCGACCAGCCGAUGA